AGGCCACCGACCGGAGGGCAGAAAAUCCCCACACGAGUCGGUCUCCUCUCCUCUCCUCUCUUCCUCCUCCCGUCGCACUCUCUUCGCUCCUCCCAAAUCCCUCCUAGCUAGGGUUUUACCCCCGCCCCGCCGCGCCGCGCCCGCUGACCAUGACGGCCGCCGACCUGCAGGCGGAGCUGCUCCGCGCCCAGCUCGAGGAGCAUGACGUCGAGGGAGAUGAGCCUAUCAUUGAGGAUGAUGAUGACGACGAUGAAGACGAUGAUGAGGAUGAGGAUGAAAAAGAUGACGAUGACGUUGAGGGAGGUGAUGCUAGUGGAAGAUCUAGGCAGAGUAGGAGUGAGAAGAAGAGCAGGAAAGCCAUGGAGAAGCUUGGCAUGAAGGCCAUUACUGGUGUGAGCCGUGUAACUAUCAAGAAGAACAAGAGCGUUAUGUUUGUCCUCUCCAAGCCAGAUGUUUUCAAGAGCUCAAACUCAGAUACCUACGUCAUGUUUGGGGAGGCCAAGAUCGAGGACCUGAGCACUCAGCUGCAUUCACAAGCGGCGGAGCAGUUCAAGGCGCCGGGCCCGAGCGGCGUCAUCUCGAAGGGCAGGCCGGCCAUGGCAGCAGCCCAGGACGACGAGGAGGUCGAUGAGACCGGCGUCGACAAGAAGGACAUUGAGCUCGUGAUGGCGCAGGCCUCCGUUCCGAGAUCCAGGGCUGUGAAGGCGCUCAAGGCUGCGGAUGGUGACAUCGUCAGUGCCAUCAUGGAGUUGACUAACUAGGUAGUGCCCGUAGGUGGAAUCGUGUCCUGAUAAUAGGGUCUUGGAUUGCAAAGCAGUCUUUUGGUCAUGUCAUCUUGAAUGUUGCAGUUGCGGAAUUGGAGGUUCUAUGUCUGUUGAAACUAGUAUUGGGAUGUCUGCUGAAACUAGUAUUGGGAUGUAGGUUUCGUAGGCGUUUUAGACAUGUGAUGAUCAGCAAACUGCUUUCUCUUGUGGCAUCUUGUGGGAGAAUCUGAAUCGGCUGCACUAAAUUUUGCUACAACUGCAUGUCAAUCUGUGUUUGAGGCAAUA